GGUACGCACAGAAACCAACUGGGCAAAUAAAUGAAUUAGUGUGCUGAUUGUGGAGGGGGUAUCUGUUUGCUUCCUCUUGUAAAGAGAUUCUGUUUUUAAACUGAAAGGAGCGGGGUGGUGUAUGUUUGACGAGCAAGUGAUACACUUUCAGGGGGUGAGGGGGAGAAGAAAGAAGAGCAGAACGUUGUCUUCCAUGAGGCAGAAAAGCCACUUUCCACUGUGAGGGAGGAUGGGGAGGAAAAAGAGCCCUGUGUUGCCACGCGUUGCAAUUGCAUUGCCCCUCAGCUGCAGACCUGAGUGCGCCGGAGAUGGUCCGAAGAACAUCAGCUGCAAAUAAAUCUGACUUCAUGGCGUUUGUUAGAGAAGAGGGAAUGAUCAAAUUUUCGCACAGACUAAUGUACUUCCACGAUCUGUUCAAGUCACUUUCUUACAAAUCACAUUGGAGUUCCAGAAAGCCAUGAACACUGAAACCUCUCUCUACUUCAGAGUUUCAAACACUACCAGAAGCUGAGGACUUAAAGAUCAGCCUGCAAGCAAGAUGGAGAAUGAAAAUGACGGGCCACCAGGAGCUCGCACUUAUACUGGCAAAGUGAAUGGAAGUGUUCAGCAAAGUACACCCAAUCUGUGUUUGGUUUCACCAAUGUGGACGAGACUGCGUUGCCUCUGCUCGAGAUGGAUUGCUGUCUCUGUGGGAAAAAUCUUCUUGUUUUGUUACUGAUUGGAAUACAACUGAUGAUUCAUGCCAGGACUCUGUGGAAGAAUUGAUGCACUGACCAAUAUGGGAAUUGCCCUGUGACAGAAUUGCAUUAAAAGAAAUAUUAGAACACUGAGAACUCAAAGGACAACUGAAGUAUUAAUUACUAUUAAGAAUGCACCAUUAAACAACUAUGGUCUCAGGUUAAAAUAUUAUGCAUCAAGAAAUCAUGAUGGACUGUAAACUAAACUGUGAACACUAUGCUUUUUAUAACUUUGUAGCUGUAUGUGUGCCUGCUUGACAUUCCCUCUUUGUUACUUAUUUCUGGAGUAGCAUAAAAUCAAAUUUCUUACACACUGAAAAAACAUACAAUUGACACCAUUCUGAUACAGUAGACAUUGGGAAACCAUAUUUGUAUAGAAUAGAUAUAAAACCUCAUACUAUAAAGAAAAUAAAUCCUGCCUGUCAGUGACCAAAGAGAUUGAAAAUGUCAUAAAAUGUAUGAGCAGCAGUAGGCCAUUCAGCCCACCAGGUCCACGACAUGAUUCAAUUAGAUUGUAGCUGAUCUGAUAAUCCUCAACUCCACUUUCCUACCUUUUCCCAUAACCCCUGAUUCCCUUAAAAUAUGUCUAUCUCAGUCCUGAAUGUACUUCAUAUCUCAGCCUCAACAGCCUUCGGUGGUAAAAUUUUCAUAAUUCACCAUCCUCUGUGAGGAAAAAAUUCCUCCUCAUUUCUAUUUUACAUGGGCAUCUCACUCUGCUCCAAGAUGCUCCCAAAAGGGGAAACAACAGUUUACCAUCUACCCUGUCAAAUCACCUCAGAAUUUUAUAAGUUUCAGUAGGGUGGCUGAGAUAACAGGGUGUAGAGCUAGAGGAACACAACAGGCCAAGCAGCAUCAGAGGAGCAGGAAGGCUGACGUUUUGGGUCUGGACACUUCUUCAGAAAUAUUCCACUUGCCUUCCCUAGUUUCUUGAGGUUAACACACUUGGGUUAAAUCCCACAGUGGUGCAUGUAUCUGCAGUCAUUUCCCAUUUAAAUAAUAUUCAGCUCUUCUAUUCUUCCUGCUAAAGUACAGAACCUUCCAUUUUCCCACACUAUAUAUUCCAUCUAUCAAGAAAAGAGGAUAAAUGAUUCACCCAUCCUGACUGGUUGAAAUAGGAUUUUUGCAGGGUGUGUUGAUUGUUGAAGUUUAUUUCUCUGUAACUGACGAUGGCAUAAAAGGCAUUAAUGCAUUGGUUUUCUGACUUCUUCAAAGAAACUUCAUCAUCCUUCAGCCAGUAAAUAUUCACUCCCCUGAGCACAGCUUAUUACUCCUCCCACUUCCUACAGACUAAGGGGGUGGCCAUGGGCACCCGCAUGGGCCCCAGCUAUGCCUGCCUCUUUGUAGGUUACGUGGAACAGUCCCUCUUCCGCACCUACACAGGCCCCAAACCCCACCUCUUCCUCCGGUACAUUGAUGACUGUAUUGGCGCCACCUCUUGCUCCCCAGAGGAGCUCGAACAGUUCAUCCACUUCACCAACACCUUCCACCCCAACCUUCAGUUCACCUGGGCCAUCUCCAGCACAUCCCUCACCUUCCUGGACCUCUCAGUCUCCAUCUCAGGCAACCAGCUUGUAACUGAUGUCCAUUUCAAGCCCACCGACUCCCACAGCUACCUAGAAUACACCUCCUCCCACCCACCCUCCUGCAAAAAUUCCAUUCCCUAUUCCCAAUUCCUCCGCCUCCGCCGCAUCUGCUCCCACGAUAAGACAUUUCACUCCCGCACAUCCCAGAUGUCCAAGUUCUUCAAGGUCCGCAACUUUCCCCCCACAGUGAUCGAGAACGCCCUUGACCGCGUCUCCCGUAUUUCCCGCAACACAUCCCUCACACCCCGCCCCCGCCACAACCGCCCCAAGAGGAUCCCCCUCGUUCUCACACACCACCCUACCAACCUCCGGAUACAACGCAUCAUCCUCCGACACUUUCGCCAUUCACAAUCCGACCCCACCACCCAAGACAUUUUUCCAUCCCCACCCCUGUCUGCUUUCCGGAGAGACCACUCUCUCCAUGACUCCCUUGUUCGCUCCACACUGCCCUCCAACCCCACCACACCCAGCAUCUUCCCCUGCAACUGCAGGAAAUGCCACACUUUCCCCCACACCUCCUCCCUCACCCCUAUCCCAGGCCCCAAGAUGACAUUCCACAGUAAGCAGAGGUUCACCUGCACAUCUGCCAAUGUGGUAUACUGCAUCCACUGUACCCGGUGUGGCUUCCUCUACAUUGGGGAAACCAAGCGGAGGCUUGGGGACCGCUUUGCAGAUCACCUCCGCUCAGUUCGCAACAAACAACUGCACCUCCCAGUCGCAAACCAUUUCCACUCCCCCUCCCAUUCUCUAGAUGACAUGUCCAUCAUGGGCCUCCUGCACUGCCACAAUGAUGCCACCCGAAGGUUGCAGGAACAGCAACUCAUAUUCCGCCUGGGAACCCCGCAGCCUAAUGGUAUCAAUGUGGACUUCACCAGUUUCAAAAUCUCCCCUUCCCCUACUGCAUCCCUAAACCAGCCCAGUUCGUCCCCUCCCCCCCACUGCACCACACAACCAGCCCAGCUCUUCCCCCCCACCCACUGCAUCCCAAUACCAGUCCAAACUGUCUCUGCCUCCCUAACCUGUUCUUCCUCUCACCCAUCCCUUCCUCCCACCCCAAGCCGCACCCCCAUCUACCUACUAACCUUAUCCCACCUCCUUGACCUGUCCGUCUUCCCUGGACUGACCUAUCCCCUCCCUACCUCCCCACCUAUACUCUCUCCACCUAUCUUCUUUACUCUCCAUCUUCGGUCCGCCUCCCCCUCUCUCCCUAUUUAUUCCAGUUCCCUCUCCCUAUCCCCCUCUCUGAUGAAGGGUCUACGCCCGAAACGUCAGCUUUUGUGCUCCUGAGAUGCUGCUUGGCCUGCUGUGUUCAUCCAGCCUCACAUUUUCUUAUCUUGAAGCUAAUUGGUGCUGUUUUGGAUAAGCACUCCCUGAACACUGUCCUGAAGUGUGAGCCUAGAUUAUAUGCUCUGGUCUCUAAAGUGGUACGCAGCCCUUUGACUGAGCUACAACUUGACUCAUAUUCAUUCCUUGUUCUUCAGAGGUAGAUUGACCCAAUAGCUCUAGUUUCUACUUUUUGGAAACAUUUACAAGCAAGCAACUUUGAUCUGUUGAUAAGUAAAGGUUAGCUACUGUUGAACAUUUAUUUUCAAGUCUCAUGUUUUUUGAACUCUUAAAGCAUAAAUUAAAUAGAUGAACGUAAUAAAAAAGUUAACAUGAGUUCAAAAGAUUCAAGCUUAUUAUAAUUAAUGACGGUAAAUAUAUUUUAUAGAUUGGAUCAGUUUGCAGUACAGACUAUCCCAAUUUUUCUCUGAGCCUCACGGCAGACUUUUCCACAGUUGGCCUCAAGGAGCCUUUAGGAUGAGACUUGAGUUCACAAUAAGUUUUUAAAAAAAGCUUUGUCUGUAAUUACUUCUUAACCAAAUCUUUGAGCUGUGAAUAGAAAUUCAUAAAACAAUUAAUUGUGCCUACUAAAUCUGCAUCACAAGUCUAACAAUUCAUGUUCCUCUUGUUCACAAAACUUCAUUUUGAUAACUUUUCUAAGAACAGCAGACACAGUGGGGAUGAUAGCCAUCGAGACAUUCCAAAUAUGUGGAAGAAUUUCUAUAAGCUAUCUUGAAUAUUUCAUGUUCAUAAUUUCUAUGUAAGUGCCAAACUUGCCUGUUUAUCAUAUCAAAAACGAUUGUUAAGCCACGAUUGAAAAGUGGCUUCAAAGUGAUGUCAAAAAAGCUUUGUAAUCACUUACUUCAAAUCAGGUAUACUUACACAAAGAGACUGACAAAGAUUUAAAGCUGUCUUAGAGGUAGCAUUUACACUGCCUGAUGGUAGCUGUGAAGUGGCAACUUGAAUGAAUGCUGAUAUUGGAUGUAAUU